GGCGGGCAUGGCGGGCGCGCUGGCGCGCAGGGCGGCGGACUACCUCCGCAGCCGCGACUUCCGCGACUACCUGCUCAGCACGCACUUCUGGGGCCCAGUCGCCAACUGGGGUCUCCCCAUAGCCGCCAUCAAUGACAUGAAGAAGUCCCCAGAGAUCAUCAGCGGGCGGAUGACCUUCGCCCUCUGCUGUUACUCCCUGACCUUCAUGAGAUUCGCCUACAAGGUCCAGCCUCGAAACUGGCUCCUCCUGGCGUGCCACGCCACCAACGAGGUGGCCCAGCUCAUCCAGGGCGGCCGGCUCAUCAAGUACGAGAUGACGAAAAGGGCCAAGUAACGGCGAGGCGAGGCCGCGUGGCGCUGGCGCCGUCUCCUGCGGGCCGUCGUCCGGGCCCCGCAGCCCCAGUCUUUACUGACCAGACUCUUUAUGGACGUGGCCGAGACCCCGCCGACUCGUGGCCGCCCCGCCCUGGCUGCGAGCCGCCCGCCAGUGCACCUUCCCCGUGGGCCAGCAGAGCCCACGGGCCCACGUGCUGCUUCUCACAGGCAAUAAACGACCCAGACGCUUGU